CUUCGUUCUUGUAAUCCGCGUUGGAUUUUGUUUGAAUUUCGAACGCACGGUGAACGUGUAAUUAUCGUAAUUUCUCGGUGCAUUUAUGAAUUUUCGUCUAAUUUAACGACAUUUGACUGUACUAUCGAUUCUCACCACGUUUGAAAACGGAAGCGAGGAAGUCUAUUUCUCACGUAAAUUGCAAUUAUCGUCGAGAACUCGCUGGCGGGAAAGACCUAACCUCCAAUUGUUUUGAUAAAUACGUUUUCAGAUUAAGAUGGCCGAGCGAUUGGAAGAUUUGAAUCUACCCAAUGCAGUUGUGACCAGAAUCAUUAAGGAAGCUUUACCAGAUGGGGUGACAGUUGGAAAAGAUGCUAGAACAGCGGUAGCAAAAGCUGCAUCCAUUUUUAUACUUUACCUCACAUCGUCUGCCAAUGUAGUAGCCAAGAAGGGCAAUCGCAAGACUAUCAGUGGACCAGAUGUGAUACAAGCGAUGAUAGAUAUUGAGUUUGAUCAGUUUAUUGAUCCACUACAGGAAUCUCUUGAGAAUUUCAGAAAGAUUCAGAAGGAAAAGAAAGAUGCAACAUCAAAGAAGAAGCAACAAAAGAAAGAUGAUGAUGAUGUAAAUGGCGAGGAUGAAGAAGCAGGAAGAGAAAUUAUAGAUCUUACCUAAGAAAUGAAUUUGUCAUACAAUUUUGAAGGAAAUAUACAAAUUAAGGAAAUAACAGUUGAUCUAUAGCAAUAAUUUAAGAUAUUUAUAAUAAAAAUUAAAUGCUCAAGUGUGAAUAAAGAACAUGCACUUUGCAGCCAGUUAAAUAAAA